AGAGCUUGUGACUAAACUUCAUAACCCCGCACGGCCUCGACAAGAACGAAGUGUCGCAAGCAUUUUGGACCUUCUCUGCUUGUUUGCAAUGCAAAGGCACCAAAUCAGCUUUUUUGAAUGAUUUCUGAAGGAUCAUGUGACACGGAAGACUGAAGUAAAGAUGAUGAUGGAAAUUCAGCUUUGCCAACCCAUCACAAUUUUGAACCUAAAAAAAUGUGUUGCUAUAAAAUACUACUGUAUAAUGGAUGAGUAUAACCUUUCUAAAAGAUUGCAUGCCAGUUUAUGAUAAAUCUGAGGAAUAAAACUUCAAUAAUAUCUGCCUACUUGGUUUUGCUUGAGUCAGAAGCACAUAUUAAAAAAAAUUGAAAGCAAAGAAGUCGCAUGAAACUUCUAGAGCUCAAAAUAAUUACCAGGAGACCACAAGCCUGAGUCGAAUCCCCAUUGUUUCUCAAUACAAUCUCACUUUCCUUCCUGAUGAUGAGAUAUUCCUCCAACUAAAAUAGAGUGGCAGUGAAGCAUUGUGAGAGGAGAGGGGAAAGAGGAGGAGAAGGAGGAGUAGAAGGAGGUGGAGAAGGAAAGGGAGGGAAAGGAGGUGGUACGGAUCUGUUGGUAUUUCUUAACAUGCCCUUUGAGUAUGAGGGCACUUCCAGAUCGUUCAUGACGGUGGUCGGCCUGCUAGCAGCUGUUUCUGAUUAUCAGCACGUCUGUAAUCUGUCAUCCCCUGGAAGCGACUCCGAGAGGACCAAGACUCAUUUAAAGGAAGAUUAAAUUGAUUUGUUUAUUUUACACUAGAUGUAUCAGAAGGCUUCAUUCUUGGGUGGAAAGAACAAAGGUGACCAUCUAUAAAGACAUUCAUCUUUCCUUUCUCAAACCUAGCAGAGAUUGCAGACAACUACAGCGAUCGAUUCAUCCAUCAAUUCAAGCUUUAUCGUUGAAGGAAACAGAUUUCUUUUUGUCAACCGGGGUAAUAGAGAGUCCAUUUUCGCCAUCGGUCUGUGGAUCAUACUGACAACAAGUGAAAGAGAAGCCAUCUGUCUGCAAACGGCCUUGCGUCCACAACUCGUCCCUGUCAGAAAAAAGGAGAGUUCAAUCACCUGUAUCCUGCUGAGGUGUCAACGUACCUGCUUCAACUCUUCAACAUCCGCACCAAUAAGAAAGCAUCAACAGUCUGACUCUAUUCCAGAUUGCUCAGUCUGGAUCUUUGAUCUGAGACACUCGACCUCAGGCGUUAAUCACAGAGAACAUACGAACAGAACCACAUAUCAAAGUGAAGCUUCUGCUGAAGCUCGGAGGUCUCUGAGGCUCUGUGACUGUCAGACCGCCUAGUGGUUCUGGCAACCUAUCCCACAUCCUAAAAGAAGAAGAGACAGCAAGUGUUCUCGGGUAAAGAGACAGAGCGAACAAGAAUCUGUCAAGCGUUAUUACUAAACGGCCAAGUCUUUACCUAGCAGUCUACAGAGAGACAAACACACACCUGUCUGAUCUUUAACAGACACCUGUCAGAUCCACAACUGUUAAAGGCUCUUCUGUCUAGUCAUGGCUGACUGGAGUCUGCUGGGAAACUUUCUAGAAGAAGUCCAGGAACAUUCCACCUCGGUGGGAAAGGUGUGGCUCACCAUUCUUUUCAUCUUCCGGAUCCUGGUCCUGGGCACAGCUGCCGAGUCCUCGUGGGGCGACGAGCAGGAAGACUUCACCUGCGACACGGAGCAGCCCGGUUGUGAGAACGUUUGUUACGACCGAGCAUUUCCCAUUGCGCAUAUACGCUACUGGGUGCUCCAGAUAGUGUUCGUGUCCACACCUUCUCUCAUCUAUAUGGGACAUGCAAUGCACAGCGUCCGCAGAGAGGAGAAGAGGAGGAAAGAGCAGGAAGAUGGAACACAGAGAGACGGAGAUGGAGAGAAGUACCCAGAAGAAGACAAGGACUGUGAGAAGGAAGACGAAGGUGGAGGUGGGAAGGUGCGAUUGAGGGGUGCUUUGCUACAAACGUACGUACUUAGUAUCCUCAUCCGCACCGUAAUGGAGGUGAUCUUCAUCGUAGUCCAGUACCUGAUCUAUGGAGUCUUCCUCAACGCGCUCUACGUGUGUAAGGCUCCUCCGUGUCCGCAUCCCGUCAACUGCUACAUCUCGAGACCUACGGAGAAGAACGUGUUUAUUGUGUUUAUGCUGGCAGUAGCUGCUGUGUCUCUACUGCUCAGUGUCGUGGAACUGUAUCAUUUGGCGUGGAAGCAGUGCAAGAGGUGGUUGCAAGAAUAUAAGACUUCCAAAAAACGACCGAACACACCAUCCAUCGUGGCUGCAGUGUCACCAAACCCACCCACGCCAAACCGAGCCUGCACUCCACCUCCCGACUUCAACCAGUGCCUGACAACACCACCUUCUUCCCCUACUAUACAGACACACGCACACUCGCUUAUACAUCCAACCUGCCCACCUUUUCAUGACCGACUGGCACACCAACAAAACUCGGCAAACAUGGUUACUGAACGCCACCAAGGACAAGACUACCUAGGGGUCAACUUCUUGAGCUUCUCACAAGCACCUACAGAGAUGCCCAACUCGUGCGCAUCACCCUCAUUUCUAAGCAUCGAAUUCGAUGAGGACAAGCGAAGGUUUAGCAAGAGCAGCGGGACCAGCAGCCGCAUGAGGCCGGACGACCUUGCAGUAUAGCACUGACCAAUCACAUCUGGAAAAGGGUCAUCUAGUGUGACUAGUCAUAAACAUGCUACAUGAUUUUGCACUUGAGCUAACUUAUCUAUGUUAUUGCUGAUGAAGAGACUCAACCAGAAUAUCAUAAGGAGAAUCGUUGAACUUUAAAAAGUCAACAAGAAAUCAAAAUGGAAUUCUUCAUACAUGUUCCUGGUCUUACUAUGAACAAUGCAAUGGUGCACGUUAUUCUAAAGAAAUAAAUACUUAUCACUUCUGAAAUGACUUUCGUUCACUGCAUUUUGAUUUAGCAUUGGAAACUUUUCCCUCACAGAAUUUCAUGACUUUACCACAAUUUCACUUUAAAGUUAAAGGAUUAGUUCACUUUCAAAUUAAAAUUUGCUGAUAAUUUAUUCACCCCCAUGUCAUCCAAGAUGUUCAUAUCUUUCUUUCUUCAGUCGAAAAGAAAUUAAGGUUUUUGAU